AAACUCUUUAGAUUACGGGGGGGAGGUCAAGCUUCUUGCUAGCUCUGAGCUUGUUAGCGUGUCUGUUGGUGAGUCUCCGGGUGUCCUUCGACGUCAGCUCCAUGCAGAUCAAGGACGUAGAGAAGCUAAAGGCAUGGCUGCUGACAAAGCUGGAACCGCUGUGUGAUGCAGACCCGGCAGCGCUGGCCAAAUACGUGGUGGCUCUACUGCGCAAAGACAAACCCAAAUCAGCCCUCAGGGAGCUCUGUGUGGACCAGCUGGAAGUUUUCCUCGCCAAAGAGACUACGUUAUUUGUGGACAGGUUGUUCAAAGCUCUGGAGUCAGAGUCCUACCUCACCGGACGGGGCUCUAGGACACCUUCUCCGGAAGCCACACCCCCUAGUUCCGACUCGCAAGUUGUCAAACCUCCACUCUCCAAACCAGGGCCUCCUGCUGCGGUGGCUAACAAGUCACAAACAGCUGUGCCUCGUUCCGGAGUGGCCCGUGACGGAUCCCAGAGCUCAUCGUCUCUCUCAGGGUCUGAGCGAGGCGGAGGUGGAGGAGGGGAGCGGGGGAGGGUGGGGGGAGGUGGCCAAAGACACACUGAAGACCUUCGGAGCCUAGAGGUUGAUGAUGAAGACAGGGACUUCCGCCGAUCUCGGGCCAGGGGAGGGAGACAAGGGGAGCGCCUAGCAGCGAGGGGGGUUAGGGGCGGAGUCACCAUCAGCAGGGAGCCCGAUUCCAGCACUGGAGGUGGGCGGAGGGGAGGGGCGGAGCCAGCCGGCAUCGCCAACAAAGGUCACGGUGGUACUAGCAGCAAUGUGUCCACUAGUGGAGAUAUGCGGGGCAAGCGGAGAAGGGGGGAAGGGGAGGGACCUGUUGGGGGCGGGGUCAGCUCCACCGGGGUGAGUCGGCUGGGGGAAGUGGGCAUGGCUCGGAGGAUCGCGAGGGAGAGAGGGAGACCUUUCGGUGACGGGAGACCAGCUAGACGAACGUGGCCGCACAGGAGUCGCAGCCGAAGCAGGAGCCGCAGCUCCAGUAGUGACUCAUCCUCCAGCACUGCGAGCAGUCACGAUCACAGUCGGAAGAGGUCUCGUCAGGAGUGGAACGAGAGGGGUUCCUCGUUUCGCGGGGGUCUGGGGGCCAGUUCUGAGGGAACCAAACCGCAGGAAGAGGGCGAGGACAAGAAGACUGUGGAGGGGAACGAGGGGAAGAGAAAGAGAUGCAAAGAUUACGAUGAGAAAGGGUUCUGUAUGUUGGGAGAUCAGUGCCCGUUUGAUCACGGGGUGGACCCUGUCGUCAUUGGCAACAACAUCCCCCACACGUACCCUCCUCCUCCGUCCAUGGUUGGCAUUCCUUCUCUAGCUCUCACCAAACCAGAUAUAUCCAACUUUCUGGUUCCGCCAGCUGGCCACCCCGGCAGAGCCUCUCCUACAGAGAGUACAACGGAUGGGUACAACCCGGAGGAUCCGGGGCUCACUGCUACCACAACCUCCCCGACCUCCUUCCUCUCUGGACCCUUGAUGAACCCUGGACCCCUCCUCCCUCGCCCCUUCCCCCACCCUCCUCCACACUUGCAGGGUGUUCCAACGCUCCCUCCUCUCCAUCCUGUUGGAGCCUUCCCUCCACCUCCCCUCCCUCCACCCAUCACCAGUGCCUCUCACCAAUUCCACCCUCCCCCUCCUCUCCACCCUCACUGGCCCCGCCCACACCACCAGUCGUUCUCGAUGCCACGGCAACCGUCAGACACGCUGAUCGUGAGGAAGAUCCCGCGAGAAUCGAACUCAAUUACAAAACUGAGCAGCCACUUCGAGAAGUUUGGAACCAUUGUCAACCUUACUGUGUGGUACGGAGGAGACCCGGAAGGAGCUCUCGUUCAGUUUUCCACUCCGUUUGAGGCUAGGAGGGCCCACGACAGUGCCGAGGCAGUUCUCAACAACAGGUUCAUCAAGAUUUACUACCUCCGCAAGGACUCUUCUUCCUAUCCCAUACCUUACUCCAGAGAACAACAUAAUGAGAUUUCUGGUGGGGUGGGAGUGCGCUCAAUUCCACAGCCAACAGCCCCGCAGGCCCCAGAAGACCACACCCCCUCGUUCACUCACCUGAGCUCCACAAAGACAGCUCCCACUCCCUCUGUUCCUCGCAGCCACACCCAGAGCCACACCCCUUUCUCCGCCCACUACACCCUUCCCCAAAACAAGGCGACGUCGGCACACAUGUACGUCAGCUCUACCACCAAGACCCCGGCCAGUAGCCACCUGGUGGCACCUCAUCAGAUGGCUGGUGAUGGCAAGAAGAGGCAGGAACUGCAGAGAAGGACCGGAGAGCUGCUCCAGAAACAACUAGGCCAACAAAAGGUGCUCAUUUCGAAACUUGAAAAGGGAGGCAAACAGAUGUCGGCAGAAGAGAGAAAGAAAAUAAUUAAGACAAUAAAGACACUGUCAGGAAACAUUGAAAACCUGAAGAAGAUGGCGUCAGAGGCUAUGGAGGCUCUGCUGAAAUCCAAGCAAGCUCCCCCCUCCCCCACCUCCCCCACACCCCCCUCUCCCUCCCUCACCGAGAAGGCACAGGCUCUGCGACAAGAGGCACACCAACUGGGCCUCAUCCCCUCCCCUACGCCGUCUCCAGGAAGUCAUGUGACAGGAAAUCCUCACGGUAACGACCUCCGCUCAGUGCUGAACAAGAAGCAGAAAAGGCUGCUGGUUUUGAAUGCUGGCAACAGAGAGCAACUUACGGCACAUUUUGAUACAUUUGGAGGUCUGGUGAGUGUUGAGGUGGAUCCUGAGAACAACAAGAAUCUCAUCUUCAGUUUCAGAAAUCCUCAUCUUGCACAGAAGGCUGCCAAGCAUAGCUCCUCAUUCAACGGGAAGCCCCUCAUUAUGAAGUGGUACACGCCCAAGGCUCCCACCCCCUCCCCUUACUCCCACUGUCCUCCACACGUGACCAUGCCCACAAUAGCCACACCCACCUUAACGAAGCUAGACCCCGAGGCCCUCCACCUUGUUGAAGAUGACGAAGAGGAGGAGAGCGAGGAACGGAGCUGGCGACGGUAGGAUUACAUCACCGCGACAUCAUUAUUACUCUAUUUUGGUGACACUGAUGAACUGUCAUAAUACAUGUGUAUAUUAAUCACUGCCGAUUUCGGCACUCUGUGUAAAAGCUGGAGUGUGGUCUUUGUACAGUAAACUCCUAUUCUCUAUCAGCACUGUCUUCAUUAUUAUUGCUGCCUUAUGAAAAGUGUUGUCCAAUCUGCGUAAUUUAUUCUUUUGUAUAAUAUUAUGGCUAAAAAUGUGCAUACUUGCAUUUCAAACAGCAAUUAAAUUUAAAAGUCCACACAAUUCAACUCUUUGUACAUGUGGUAAAAGUCCAAUGUGUAUAUAUAGCUGCAGUUGAGCUCUGCACCGUAAUAAGGUUUAACUUUUUGCAUCUUGAACGCAGCCCUUUCCUAAAUAUGUGUAGGCGUAUGUGUUUGCUUAUGGAUGUGUUGGGUGUAUUUUCUUGUGAUGUUCUUAGAGUUCAGUCGUUGAUGCUGCCGUAAGUAUUGCACGAGUUGUCGAGCAAUUCCUCCUUUUCCUCCAAUCUGCUGGUUCUGAGCGAACGUUCAAUCAUCCUGUUUUUGAUCCCCACGCCUAAUCCACGCAGCUCCUUAUUUCUGUAGGCCCAGAGUGCCAAGACGACAAUCACAUACAGAAGGGGAAGCAUGGAAAAGAGGGCAACCAGGAACAUUGAGAAAGACUUGAAACGCUCGCCCUUGAUAUCGGCAAAGAUAUGGCAAAGUACCGAGGACGCAGACAGUGCUUGCAUCAGUAUCAUGAUCGCGUCGACUUUGUUGUAAAUUGCGUAGCGUUCUUUGUAGGGCCGAAUUGUUAUGAUGAGAAUUGCCAUUGUUAUGAAGAGAAUGGUGGCAAAGGUGUAGAAAAGGCUUGUGAGGGUGAUGCUGAAGAGAACAAACAGUAGGAUUCGCAGGACGAGGUACACUGCGCUGAAAUAGCGACAGUCUCGCGUGUUGUUGGUGCCGUCUUUGUAGCAGCCUUGAAACGACUCUACGAAGCUGCGGAUGAGCUCGCGGUUCAGGUGCAGGCGAGUGAGCAGUCGUUGGAACCACAUCAUGGGGUAGAAAAACAUUAGAAAUACAGGCAUCGCAACAAACGUGACGAAAACCAGGAGCGAAAGAAGUCCGUAGAAGACGUGCCCUUUGCCAAAAUACCGAAGUGAGGGGUCGCUGUAAACAUACUGACCGAGGUUGCGUCCGUGCGGGUUGUGAAUGUUGGUGUACAUGAGUGAGUGGAAGGAGAUGCUGAGGAGCUUGCUGUAGGAGAGGAGAAGAAACGUGGCAAACGAGUGUAUGAGCGUUGUCUUGAAGUUUAAUACUCGAGUGACGCUGUUCAUGGUUGAUCGCAUGGGAAUCCAUGGACACCUAAUCCCCCGAAUCUGGAAAAUGUGAAGCCUCACCACUUGGUAUAUCACUAACAGAAGCAGGAGUGGGUAGAAGGCAAUCAGGUAUUCCAGAAGCACGAGUUGCAUGGGUGUUACAUGCAGGCAGAGCGGGGGAUAAAAGCUUCGGAAGAAGUCCAAGUUCCACACGCUGUACAGUGAUAUGAACAGUUUGGUUAUCACACCAAAGAAACCGUGCUUCUCAGUUGCUCUGAUUAUCACCUGCACACUGGAGGGUAUGGUGAUAUUUUGGCAGAAUAGAACAUAGGAAGACAGCUGAGCCGACGUGGCACUGAUCCUAAACAGCAGUAUAACAAAGAGGAAGACGGUGAGAGGACCGAAGGCCUCGGCUACAAACUUCACCCAGUUGAUCCAUUUGUUGCUGCAUUUCACGCACUUGGUGCUGUAUGAAUAGGCAGGAGGGUAGUAGCCUUUUGCACACUUUCCACAUAGUCUCCCGUCGCGAUUCAGGUAGCCACAGACUGCGCUGGACAAGCUUGCCGGCCUGAUGUGGAAGGUGGCAUUGUUGAUGGGGUGAUACACGCGGUUGAUGCGGUCACGAUUCGAUGUGGAGCCAUUCUCACAAUUGUGGAAGCAGUGGCCUACCACCGUAGUGUUAUGGACAUCGUCCCAGGUCAUGCAGGAGCAGUCUAACACACCGAUUUUGGUAGAGCUGGGGUGGCUCUUGUUCAGGGAGCAGUAUACACUGUCAUGUAUUGUAUUUCCACAGGCACAGGUGUUGUUCUUGUCAAGCUUGGCCCAGGGAAAUCCGCAUUUGAACCCUUCAUACCUAGCCUCAGGAUCCUGGGGAUAAGAGUAGCCGGCAGUGUCUGAGAACGAUCCACUAACAGUCUCACGAUCAGCAACAGAGCUUGUGUAACUACAUAUAAUUAGCAGGAGCCCACCACACACGAGAUGGGCAUGCAUCUCAGCUCUUCACGAUCUGAAGUUGUUUGGCUGGUACGGUCGCAAGUCUUACAGCACUGCUUUGCCCCUCCCGAGGUGUAUUGAAAGCUAACAAUGCUCGGAUGUUUCCACAUACGCCCAGAUUGAAAAUGUACUGUUUACACAUGUGAAGAAUAACACAAACAGCCAUAUAAGACUGAGAUGUACAAGCAUCUAUCUAUCCCUCCCACUCCGACUCUCCAUUAGGCAAAGUGUGCUGGUAAUGGUAGGCUACCAAACCAACAUCUUUCAUGUGCAAACACCUGUGAAAGAAGCAGUGAAAGCUUAUGCAUCAUGUAGUAAGAUAAAUACCCUGUAGCAAAAUAGCUACUGUUAGUUUCAGGAGAGCCAAAGCUGAGAGUCACUAUUAGUGAAAACCAAUGUAAGGCAUCUGUCAACACAAAGCCAGCUUUUCGGCCAAGUCUCUAGCAAAUCAACAGAAGAUGUGUUGGACUUUCUUUGCUGUUCUCUUGACUUCUGCUGUCGUGUGUGAGUCCAGCUCUGGUGAAGACAGACCUCCACUGAAGCUAAGUGGCCACCCUACAGUUGUGGGUGGAGCUUGCACUGACGCGUGGUUCAUACCGAGUGGGCCCAAUGGAAGCUGUGAGUGUGGACACACUUUUCGUGAUGUGGUCUCCUGCAACGAGGAAACGAGAGAGGUCGGAGUGUUAGACUGCUUCUGUAUGACGUUUGACUCGGUCUACAAUACAACAGUGCUCGGAGAAUGCCUCUAUAACUGUGUCAAUGUCAGCAAAUCGUACCACGACUUCUUCUAUCACCCAGUGCCCAGCAAUCUGGGGAGCAGUGACGACAACAAUAGCGUCUGUGGGUACUUGCAUCGGACAGGAAGGCUGUGUGGGGAGUGCGAACAUAACUACUACAUAGCUGCCUACUCCUACUCAUUUGAAUGUGUGGAUUGCAAGGACUCAGAGUGGCUCGAAUACAUAGGAAUGGCUUAUGGUCCUCUGACUCUCUUCAUUAUUUUCAUUCUCGUUUUUCGAGUGAGCGUUGUCUCACCAAAACUCUACGGAGUCAUUUCCAUACUACAGACCAUAGCAUCUCCACUGAAUAUCCGUGUCAUGCAGCAAGCCGCCAAACACGACAGAGUGGUCUACAAAAUAGUGAGAGUCUUUCUGGCGAUGCUGAGUAUUUGGAACUUGGAUUUCUUCCGUAAUUCAUCGCAUAUUUGUCUGCGCCUCACCUCCUUGCAGGUCAUGACUCUAGACUAUCUGAUUGCUGUCUAUCCAAUGAUAGUAACGGUUGCUGCUUUCAUAUUACUGGAGCUGCACAAUCGCGGCUUUGGCCCUGUUCUCUUCAUCUGCAGACCGUUUCACCGUUCCUUUGCCAAUUUCAGACAGAGCUGGAAUCUGCACACCUCACUCAUCGACGCUUUCAUCACAUUCUUUAUUCUCUCUACCACAAAACUACUCCACGUUUCAAUCAGUGUACUGUUGAGCGUCCCCGUAUAUGAUGCAAUGGGAAAUUGUCUGGACCGCUACUGGUUUGUGGAUGCUUCUAUUCCCUAUUUCGGACGAGACCACCUACCAUAUGCAAUACUGGCCCUUUCUGUCAUGACUCUGCUCAUAAUCCUGCCUAUAGCUCUUCUAGUGGGCUACCAGUUUGCAUGCUGUCGAGUGUGCCUCGCCAAAUGCAGGCUCAAGGGCCAUGUCUUGGAAAAGUUUAUGCACACAUUCAAUCAGUACUACAAAGAUGGAAGUGGAGGAACCAGGGACUGUCGGUGGUUUGCAGCCUUCCACAUAAUGUCGAGACUGGGAAUCUACUUCCUUCUGUUCUUCCCUCUCAGCGACAUAUUCUAUAACUUGGCUCUGAUGUAUGUGCUGGCAUGCACGGUAGCAAUCGUCCUCAUUGAACCCUACAAGGAAGAGUACAAGUACCACAACUACAUAGAGGCCUGCAUAUACCUCUGUCUGGCUUUGAUACAGGCCGGAAUCACUGGCGUCAAUAUGAGUAACUUGGAGAUGAGAGCAUUCACCAGGCCAAUGUUUAUGUUCACAGCCCUAGUGGCUAUGAUUCCAAUGCUCUACCUUGCUCUCGUGACCAUUUGGUGGCUAUUCAAGAGAAAUCCGUGUGGCUAUCGACUUAUAAAACCUCAGACCCCAGAUUUGCCAGACAGACUUCUGAAUUCGGGCAACUACCACAACUCAUAUGAGAGCAGCAACACUAGUUACCAUAGUUCUAGAGAGAACAGAGUUAUUAGCCUUAGUGGCACACAAUGACCCAGC